AGCUGAUCCCCACGCUCGCGGCCACCCUUCUCCGAUCACCUGCGUUCGAGCAAACGCUCCGCAGCUUUCUCCCAGGAUGCGUUCUCGGCCAGCUGCACGGAGGUAUUGAUUUCGAUAACACGCCAACUACCUCUUCGACUUCGUCUUCGCAGGACCAGGAACGAACCGAUCAGCAACUGGCCGAGGCGCUCACGCACAUGGAGAAUCGCGCGUCGUCGAAUGAUAUCAAAUGUAAAAAUGUCUGGGUCUGGAAGGUGCCAACUUGUCAUGGUACGUCUGGAGCAUGCAAAUAUCUGUGUUGCAUGAGUGCCAAAAGCCGCCCACUUUUGGCCAAGUUCGAAGGGAUUUUAUCAUGCAGGAUAGGCAUGGGAGAGACCUCGUAGAGUCUGUCAUGCUAAGUCCCGCAUUCGAGACCUCAUGGGUCAUGGAAAAUCUGCAUGACAAGUUUACACUUUUCCAGACCCAGACACUUUUACAUUUGAUAAAUGAAAAUGUUGAUAAGGCUGAAAUCGGGCAAAUGACAGAGAUCUUCUUCCAGCACUUUCCGCUGGCGCCCGCGCACCGGGUUUGCGUUUGGACUACUACAUCAACGACGCCGCUGCACCAGUGCGAGCAGCUGGAGCUGAGAUUUUCUACAAAAGUUAUCCUCGACCUGCUGAUAGCUUUGUUUGAGGAGGUGGAACAGCCGAUGAAGAGGUUCGAGG